GGAGGCGGUGUUUGUCCCUCGGGAGCCGCCGUGCUGCCGGCGGCGCCGCGCCCCGCUGCUGUCACGACAACCGCAACGCCCGGCGGCGGCGCCUCCUGGUGCCCGGCAGGGAGCGGCGGAGCCCGGCGUGUUCCAGGGGAGCGGGGAGUGCUGUAUUACUCUAACUCAUCACCAAAAUGAGUGAAAAGGAAGAUCAAGCAGAUGUGGGUGAUUUAACAAAAAGUGCAGAGUAUGAGGAUGAUUUUGAGAAAGACCCAGAAUGCCUAACUGAUGAAGAAGAAAAACAAAACCCUGAUGAAAAAGAGACUCCUGAAGGAAAUGAAGAGGAUGUUGAAGCACAAACUGAUAAAGCUGCAGACAGCGCUCAGGAAGACAUUGAGGAAACAGAAGAAAAUCCAGAUUCAGAGGCAGAUGUAGAUGUGAAAGUGCUGUACUCUAAUGAAAAAUACAUGAAGUCCAGGGCAGGUACUGAGCAGAAGGACCAUGAAUCUGAGAGGCAAAGCCCUAUCCAGGAAUCCAAGGUGGAAAAUGAGCAGGAACUGGAUAAGGGAGAGGAUGAAGAAGCCAACGACGACCUGGAAAAUCAGGCUUCUGCGGAUCAAAGCGGAGGACAGAAAUUAAAAGUUAAGGAUGAGAUGGGUCAACAAGCUUCUCCUCCAGAAGAUGCUGAAGCUGGUGAAACUGCCCUUGUAAAAAGAGAGGAUUUUUCAGUUGAGCUGUCUCAGCUGCAUAUUUCUGAUGACAAGAAACGCAUAUCCGUUUCAGAACGUGCUGGGUCAGAUGAGGAAAUAGAUGAUAUUGAAACUCAACAGAGAUCUCCAAGAUCUCGACUCUCCAGUUCUUUGCCCACUGCCUCUCAAAUGAAAGAAACGCCUCCAUCUGACUCUAAGGAUCAGCCAGAUUCUGCUUUGAAUGGUGCAAAAGAUCUGGGAAAACAGCAGAGUGAGUCUGCAGGCAAAUCUGUGAAAGGCUCCACUUACACUCUUACUCCCAGACAAAAAGAAUUAAGGAAGCAGAUAGAAAUAAGGAAGGAAAGACUGAGGAGAGAGGAAGAAGCAAGGAAAAGGGAAAUAGAAGAACUGAGGAGAAGAGAGAAUGAAUUGGUUUUCAGAGCCUGGUUACUGAAGAAGAAGCAACAGCUACAACAAGAAAAGCGAAAUCGUCGUGCAAAGCAGUUGGAAGAGCUGAGAAUGAAAGAGGUGAACAGGGAUCCAGAAGAAGCCUACAGGUUAUGGCUUAAAAAAAAGCACCAGCAGUACAUGAAAGAAAAACGGAUAGAACUUUUGAGACGCCAGACUGAGGAAGUGUACUUUUUUCCAAGUGCAGAGGAAUGCGACAGAGCUUUUAGAGACUGGCUGAGAAGGAAGAGAGAAGAGAAACAAGCAGCAGAACUAGCUGCUAAGGAGAGAAUCAAGCAGAUUAAUUUGGAGGCCAGAAGAGCGAGAAAGUUGCGGAACAUCAACUAUAUUAAUUCAGAGCCAGAAUCCUUUUGCUUCAUAGAUCAUUACAACUGAAAAUUUGAUGUAGCCACAGAGUUCUUGGUGACAAUCUUCUUAAUUUUUAUGGCCUGAGUUUUUGUUCUUUACAGCUACUGACUUUUUGUGAUGUUUUUAAAGCUUUCAAGCAAGUUUAACAAUUACCUGCAGUGACAAUGAUUUUAAUGUCUAUUUAUUUGUAAUAUAGUUGAAAAGCCUGCUUUAAUGCAUAACUCAGGGAUCUUCUUGGUUUAACCAAAUCUAAAUGAGUGCAAGAUGUAUAUAUAAGGGUGGCAAAUACACAUUCCCUUCUUUAAAAGGCACUUUAUACUCAGCUCCAUCAUGGAUUCCUGGAUGCAGGCUACUGUGUAAAAUGUUGAAUUUUUGGUGGAUUAAUAUUGCUGUUUGAUGCUGCUAGUGAUUAAGACUGUGCAAGGUGUUAUGUUGUUGGAAAAUGACAUUUCUUGUACCACUUCCUCUUGAUCUGUUGACCAGCUUUAGACCAGAGGAAUGCGUUCUUUCAGGUCUCUGGAAAGUGGUCAUUGAACACUAAUGUGUAGGUGAUUGUGCAACAGGUUUUGAAACUUCUUUCUGUGAGUCAUAUUCAGUAGUUUUCUAUUCCAUGGAAUUAAAAGCUUGUGCAAAUUAUGACUUUUCCAGUUGUAAGCAAGCUAAGGUCCUUAUAUAAAUGUCAAUGUUUAUUAUAAUAAAUCUACCAAACUACAUUACCUUA